AUGGCGUUGCCAAGCAGAAUCAAACCCUUCGAGGUGACCAUUGAAAACAGCCGGUUGCCAAGUGAGUGGGAAAGCUGGAAACUAGACUUGGAGUCAUUCUUUUUAGCACAAGGUGUAGAGAAGCAAUCCGAAAAACGAGCACAGUUAGCCUAUCUUGGUGGACCAGGCCUACAAGCGUUACUACGUUACCUCCCGGGAAUCGAUCAGGUGCCCCACGUAACAAUAGAUCCGCCAUAUUAUGACGUGGCAAUCAGGUGUCUAGAUCAAUAUUUUGAACCUUUUCGUCGGAAGACUUACGAACGUCAUCUGUUUCACCAGAUUGUGCAACAACCAGGAGAGAGAUUCACUGACUUUGUCAUGCGAAUGCGGAAACAGAUCGCAAGGUGCAACUAUGAGUCUAGUGUGGUAGAUGAACUCAUUGCCGAUCGAAUUGCCCAAGGAUGUAUUUCAGAUGAGUUACGGACAAAAUUGCUACAGAAGGACCGCUCUCUGGAAGAAAUGAUAACGUUGGGUACAAGCAUGGCAGAGUCACAGCAACAAUCUAAAAAGCUUGGCCGGCCUGUGGUGCACCAAGAGCAGGAAAUACAUGCCGUAUCAAAACGCCCGUUCAGGAAUGGUCAACAAAUAACAGAUCGUCAAUCUAUUUAUCAACCCAGAAACCAACAAAAUAAUCGGUUCACCUGUUAUGGAUGCGGUCGUCGAGGCCAUACGCAUGGAAGCAUGGAGUGUCCAGCCAAGCAUACUAAAUGUGCCGCUUGCGGAAAGAUUGGACACUGGGCAAAGCGUUGUUACAGUAGCGGUGGACAGAAGCGUCGAUUCGACAACCCAGCGUCAUAUCCUAAGGCUAAACGAAUCCGUGCGGUAUCAGACGAAUUCGAAAAAGGACAGUCGAAAGACUAUGUAUUUUAUGCGAUGGGGGGCAAUGUUUUUACGUUCAAAGUGGGAGGAAUUCAGGUACCUAUGACCAUUGACUCCGGAUCAGACGCAAACAUCAUUACUAAGGAAAUAUGGGAACAAUUAAAAGAGGCUAAAGUGAACAUAAUGAAGGCAACUACAAAGGUGGACAGGUCACUUAUUGGCUAUGCCAGCAAACUACCGAUGAAAAUUUGCGGAACCUUCAGUGCAGAGAUAGAGACAGGAGAAAAUAAAACGGUUGCAAAAUUCUAUGUAGUCGAAAAUGGACAACGUUGUUUACUCGGCGAUCAUACAGCGAAAAAUCUCAAGGUACUAAAAGUUGGGUUUGAUGUGGAUGCAGUUGAAGUAAAACCAAAGAAACCAUUUCCAAAAAUUCGAGGCGUGGUGAUCGAGAUACCAAUCGACCACGACGUUCAGCCGGUGCAACAGUCUUAUAGAAGGCCUCCGAUUGCUUGGGAAUCCAAAAUAGAAGAAAAAUUGAAAUCUUUAAUGGAAAUGGACAUCAUUGAACCGGUCCCAGGCCCCUCCCCAUGGGUAUCACCAGUCGUUCCAGUGAUGAAAGACUCAGGAGAGAUUCGUUUAUGCAUAGACAUGCGUAGGGCCAAUCAAGCGGUGCUGCGCGAAUCACAUCCAUUGCCUCUAGUAGACGAGCUGCUUGGAUCUGUCUGCGGGGCCGUGAGAUUCUCUAAAAUCGACAUCAAAGACGCGUACCAUCAGGUUGAGAUAUCGGAACGAUCGAGACCAAUAACCACUUUCAUAACCAAACAGGGUCUUUACAGGUAG